CUGACAAUGAGAACGGUCAGUAAUGUCUUCUUUCUUCUCCAUUCCUCAGGUGCAGACAGCUGUGGAUUAAUGGUGCAAACCUACAUCAACUGUCAGACCUGCGCCGAGGAGAAGGUUGUCUGCGCCGGGGGCCCUCCAAAAAAUCAAGACUACUUGGAGAGAUGCAGCUGCCUGUGCACCUCCAACAGAUGUUUCGAUCUGAAAACUGGACGGUCCUGCUCUCCAUGUAAAGAUCACAAGUCUCACCUGGCAGAGACUGUAAACUGUGGAGAGAUAAAUAUAAAAAUCCCAGAAUAUGAAGAACUAAUUCUAGACUGUACUUUUGAAUGGUACGCAAGGCUGGAGGACACCUAUAACAACGUGUUCACCCUGCCUCGUGAACACAAUCCCAAAAUCACCCGGGAGCCCUAUCUUGUGAUCAAGGGCGUACAGAUGGGGGACUCCGGACGGUACACGUGUACCACCAUCCUGGACUCUGAGGUGCCAGUGAGUAAGAUCACCUAUAACGUGGCAGUGAGAAAGGAUCUAGUUCUGAAAAUCUGA